AGGAGGCUCAGAAACACUGCACAGCAGCGAUGAGAGGAGGCUGCGAGCAGAGUUUGUGCACCGGAUGCAGAACAGCUGGGCCUUAGGCCUCAGAAUGACGGCCCACAGUCGCCUUGCCUGCUGCUCUUGCUUCUGCAGGGACAGGUCAGCGUGGGAAGAGCUGUGCCGAAACGGUAAUUUAAGCUGCCAAGUAUCGUUUUGAACAAGAUGCUGCUGGGGCCUUCCGUCUGCGACUUGUGUUCUGAAAACCCACGUAUCUUGACAGGAUUCUUUCAUCACCCCUGCCUGCCUAAAUUGCUUGGAAAGGAGUCACGGCUACAGCGUGCACCUUGAGAGCUACAGCCGUUGCGCCUAGUUAUCCCCUAGAUUUCAGCAGCUCUCAAUUUUGUGUGUCACACAGAGGAGAGGGAGAGGAUGUAGUUAAGACCUGCUUAAAAGAAAAGUGUCAUGCAGUAGAAAGAAAGGAUCUUGUCCUUAUAUAGCCAGGCAGAUUUCUUCUUCAGGCUCCAGCCCUAUGGUUGCCGGCUGUUUCGGGUACAGUUGUUGAUAUUAUCUCUGGGAGCGCUUCAUUUUCUUUGCAGCAUCAUUUGCAGGCAUGCAAAUUACAUUUUGUGUGUGUGUAUAGCUGACCAUCAUGUCCCACUUAAAGGAUCUCAAAGACAACUUCCACAGUGACACAGUCCUUUCCAUCCUAAAUGAACAACGCAAUCGGGGUGUUUUAUGUGAUGUUACUAUAAUUGUGGAAGACACCAAAUUUAAAGCCCACAGCAACGUCUUGGCUGCUUCAAGCCUUUAUUUCAAAAAUAUACUUUUGAGUCGUGCUGCAUGUAUUUCUGGACAUGUACUAGAGCUAAACGACCUCAAGGCUGAAGUGUUCACAGAAAUACUCAAUUAUAUCUACAGUUCCACUGUAGUUGUUAAAAAGCAGGAGACUGUCCUAGACCUUGCAGCUGCAGGGAAAAAACUGGGAAUAUCCUUUCUAGAAGAUCUUAUGGAAAAAGGGCCUUCAAGUUCUCCUUGCCCAUACUCAUUUUGCAAUAGUGAAAAGGGUGAAGUAAAAGAAGAAAAAAGACAAGACGAUUCAGCUAUCACAAACGGACCAAGAAUCACAAAUGCAUACUCAAUUUUUGAGACAGAAAAUAGUAAUAAUUUGUUUUCUCCUCUUGAUCUGAGAGCAAGUUUUAAAAAAAUUCCAGAAGCAAAUAAAGCACCCAGCACUGGUCAGGAUAGGAAUGGGGCUUGCAAAGAUGUGGAGCCAGCCAGCACAUUAGCGGAACAUUCCUAUGCUGUUACUACAGGUUUUGAUUCUUUUCAACGAAAUUCCUUUUAUAACAAUGAUAGCACCGCUUGUAAAAUGGGUGAAGAAGAACCUGAAGCUGUCCAGUCAAUGCCUCUGGCUGAAUCCGUAAUUCAAACAUACAGUAUGCCAAAGGCUACUUAUAACUCCCAUGACAGUGAAGUACCUGCAGCAAAGGGAUCAAACCACAAAGGAACCAGUGCGGAAGGUCACCACAAAGCAGUAAAUGAUCACACAAUUUCUUUCGCUAAAUCCCACCCAAAUACCGUCCUCCCUUCGAAGGAAGAUGAAAAUAAAUCGGAUCACAUUUCUGGAUCAGUAGUCACAGUCAUUCCACAUGUCUAUAACUGUUGCACCAAACCACUUAAUGAUGGGACUCAGUUCUGCACUCAUCUUCAACUUCACCCACAACCCCAAGAACCUUUAGUCUGCAGGUACUGCAGCAAACAAUUUGAAAGUGCUACCGGACUAGAGACACAUGAGCAAGUAUGCAGGGAAUUGGGCAGCUUGUGUGCUCCAAGUGAAAAUGAGCAGAGUUGUUUAGAUAAUUUUGCAGCUUCUAAUGGAAAAACUGGCACCUCAUAUGUGAACCUAGAGCCUGCAAUGACAGAAAACAAUCUUCCCGAUUAUUCUGUCACAAACUCCGCAAUGCCAGAAACGGACCACUUUGUUAACGUCGUUGAUGGACAAAUGCUUUAUACUUGCAAUGUCUGCAAACGGACCUAUGUCACCUUGUCUAGCCUCCGAAGACAUUCAAAUGUCCAUUCGUGGAGAAGGACUUACCCUUGCCAUUACUGCAACAAAGUAUUUGCAUUGGCGGAAUACCGUACCAGACACGAAAUCUGGCACACAGGAGAAAGGCGAUACCAGUGUAUCUUCUGCCUUGAGACCUUUAUGACGUAUUACAUACUCAAAAACCACCAGAAAUCUUUCCAUGCAAUUGACCAUCGGCUUGGAGUUAAUAAGAAAACGGCCAAUGGCGGCUUGAAGCCAAGUGUAUAUCCUUACAAACUUUAUAGGCUUUUGCCUAUGAAAUGCAAAAGAGCGCCGUAUAAAAGUUACGGAAACUCAACAUAUGAAAGUAUGCAAGCAAAUGUGCAAGUUAAUGAAAUACCUUCUAGUACCUGCAUCGUUCAGAAUACUGUCACUUCUGAAUUGAAUUUUUCAAACACAAGUGUCUCCUUGGAAACCUCUUCAUGUAGUGAUGCAAGGGCAGCACCUGUGAACCCUCCAAACAGUUCUUCCUGGGAAUGUGGUACAUCAGAAUCAGACCUUAAAAAUAAUACUUAUACUACGGAAAGGCCAUUGCCUUUCACAGAACUUAACUCUGGUCCUCAGGAAUAUGAUCCCUCUCUUCAAACGUUUAGUAGUAGCAAUGCCAAUGAAAAUCCAACCUCUGUUAUUAACUACAAUAAUUCAGCAUCCCCUGUAAUAGUGCACCAGGGUAGAGUUUCAUCUGUAAUAAUGCACAGUAACUCUGUCAAUGCAAUAGGAAGCAGCAUUAUAGCAGCCCCAGAUAUUACGGCCAGCCAAGGGGCAAGCAGUGACCACAUACAUGGGUCAGAUGAUCUCAAAAGCAAUGGUAGGACAAGAAGCAAUAAGGAAAAGAAAAAAGUACCACUGUUUGACAAAGAAGAGACGUCAGAGGAAUUAAAAUAUAUGACAAAUACAGAAAUCUCCGACAGACCCACUGGUAUCUUUGAACCUUCGAGUAAGACGGAAACCUACAUUGCAAAACCUGCAGUGCCAGGAACAUCUGCCAAUAGCAACGUGGCUCCUCUGUGUCAAAUAACAGUUAAAAUUGGGAAUGAAGCCAUUGUGAAAAGACAAAUUUUGGGGUCAAAAUUGUUUUACAAAAAAGGAAGGAGACCUAAAUAUGAAUCCAGAGAAGAUCAUGCUACUCAGGCUGCAGAACGGGAAAAAAGAGAGAGAAGUACGCCUCGAGUUUGUCGACCAGACUACAUUGAACUCAAUGAAAUGUGUGAUGAUGUAAGCGACCAUGACUCCAAUGAUAAACCGUGGCGCCCAUAUUACAAUUACAAACCAAAAAAGAAAUCUAAACAACUAAGGAAAAUGAGAAAGGCAAAAUGGAGAGAGAAGUACAAAAGCAGAAACUCCUACAGAGAAAGUGAAAAGCCAUGCGUCACAAGUUAUGCACUUAGGAACAUUCCUGAAGAAAAGGUCCCUAAUCAGGAAGAUGAUGGCGGAAUGCCGAGUCUUCCCUGUGAACUCUGUAAAAGAGAGAGCUCUUCUACUGAAGGAGCCAAUGAGCAUUUACACUGGGAGAGAACUACUUCUGGGUCCUAUAUUUGUGAGGUAUGCCAAAAGGGGUUCCAGAGCCCAUCUGCUCUAAGGAUGCAUAUGCGAUGUCAUACAGGAGAGAAGCCCUACCCUUGCAAAACCUGUGGGAAGAGGUUUUCAGUAGCAGGAAACUUGCAGAAGCAUGAACACACCCACUCAAAUGUCAAGGAGUUUGUCUGUCAGUACUGCAACAAGGCAUUCGCUCUAAAUGAAACACUCAAAAUACAUGAGCGAAUCCACACAGGUGAAAAGCGCUACCACUGUCAGUUUUGCUUCCAGAGCUUCUUGUACCUUUCUACCAAAAAGAAUCAUGAGCAAAAGCAUAAACGUGAGCAUAGCGGGAAGGGAUAUGCUUGUUUUCAGUGCCCAAAAGUUUGCAAGACAGCUGCAGCCCUUGGAAUGCACCAGAAGAAACAUUUGUUCAAAAGCUCCAAGCAAGAGGAUAGAAAAAAUUAUCCAUUUCAUGAAAGCACUAAGCCAUUUGCAAGUCAACACUUCAUUGACUCAGAUGGGCAGGAAACAGCUAAACCUUUACUAAGUCAAAAUGCAAUUGAUGCAGAUGGGCAGGAGGCAACUAGCAUUCAGAAUGAUGCAUCAGAUGUUGGACUUUGAGUAAGAAAAACACACAACAGGCAAAGAAAACAGAAAGAAGAGAGACCAGAAGUACGAGUACUUAAUUAAUAGACAAUAAUAAUAGUCUAGACUUACGGAAGUUCUAAAACUUGAGGUAUUGCAUUUAAAUAUAUUUAAUAUAUUACAUGAAAAAAUGUGCCAGAAAAAGCUAAAAUGAGAAUUUUAUAGAAGUAGACAUUUAUGUCUCAUAGAAGAAAAAAUAUGCCUAAUUUAAACAUGUUAGUAUCUUUUAAAUGAUUUCCCAUUGAGGUGGAUUAUGACUAUUAAGAGUCCGAACCAUUCAUUCAUUCUCAUAUAUGUGAGGAUGGAUUCUAAUAAAUCACUAUGUUAUUAAGAGUGUACUGCAAGUGUGUCACAGGCUUGUUAUAUAUUAGUGCUAUCAGGUGGAUAGCUUGAUCACACAGCUAGAGAAGGCAGACAGUUCAUAGGGCUGAACCCUCUUCCCUCCCUCCCACUCUCAUCCCUGACCAGGUGUGUAUACAACAGCAGUCAGUCCAUAACUUUCAUGUGAAAAUCCAUGCACAUCUCCUAUAUACAGCUAUUCCUUUCUUCCCCAUUGACCUGGCAAAAACCCUGCAACAAAAUGUUUUCCUGCUUAGAGUUCAAUCAGAUGUCCUCCUCUAAGAUACCAUAUUCCAUUUCUGCUACCACCCAGUUUUUUGUGUCAUAAUUGUCAUUUAACAUUCCAUGGCCACUGAGUGCACUCAAUUCCUCAACUGGCUGUUUUGGGUUCCCCCUCUAAUUCUGCUUUGUUUUGUACUUCUGCAAACCUUGGAGCUCCCCUAUCCAUGCUGAUACCUCCCUCUUGGCAUGGAUGGGGCCAAAUAGGCUACGAAAGGAUCAGUAUUUGCCUCAGAACUUUAGAAACAGAGGGAACAAGUCUUGGAAGAUUCUUCAGCAGACAAUUAACACCCAUCCUAUUAAGAAAAUAUUUGGUCUUUUCCAUUAGUUAUGCACUUUUAUUUAAUUUGAUCAGGCCUGAUGGCACUGCAUAUUAGGUAAUAUGAAGGGGAAGGUAAGCUGUCUUAAGAAUAGUAGAAAUAUCUUGUUUGGGGGAGAUAGGUUGUGUUUUCCUCACAAUCACUGGUAAGGCCUCUAGGGCUACAAAUUAAUAAUAGGGUUGAUAGGGAAAUAAAUAAAAAGGAGCCGAGGUCUCAAGAGAAAUAUUCAGGAAGACAAGAAUUUUAUGAAAUAUAUUAUGUCAGGAAAAAGAACGACAGACCUUUAAGACAACAAUCCUAUGGUGGUGAAGAGAUUCUGUGUAGAGCCACAUCUGAAGCCCAGCCAGCUAGCUGUGACCAUGCUGGGGCUAGCAAUGUUUAUUCUCUCUUUUUAUUAUUCCAUUCUUAAUUGCUAUUCCUCCCCAUUGAUGCUAAUAGAGGGAAAUUGCUAUGUCAGCACCAGGGCUGGUGUAGUUUUGGCUCCUUUUCAAGGACAUGCCAGGGAAAUGAGGGGGCUUAGGACCUCCACAGCCUCUGCAAACAUAUCCUUAUCAUCAUCAAAUUUAUUACCCAUCCUUCACCAGCAGGUUACAACAAUUUAAAAUUAAAAAGUUAAAACAGAUUGCAAUCACAGGAAUAGGAUGGGCCUUGAAAGCACAUGUCUCAGGUGCCACAGGCUAGGGCAGGCAUGGCCAAAUUGGGCCCUCCAGCUGUUUUGGGACUACAACUCCCAC